AUGGCAUCCGCCUCCGACCUCAUUAGCCGCAUCGAUUCUUCCCUAGGUGAUCUGCAGGGCAUGGUGAAAGCAAUGGCUACGAACAUUUACUUUAGAUUCCGAUCUCAACUUCAUCAUAUUUGCGCUGACAAAUUGGAAAAGUGGUUUCACAUCGUACGCACCUUCUUUUCUGAUGCAGAUGAUCACGGCCAGUUUGACGACGUUGAUGAUUUGGAUAUAGAUUUUCAAUCUUUGGGGGAACAAAUUAGUCAUUUUUUGGAGUGGGACGUUAACGUCAAAACUCUUGAAGAACUCAUGAAAGCCUUAGAAGAGCAGAUCCUGUUCCUGGAAAACCUCCGACUCUUUGCCUUUAAGUCAGCUGAGCCCGAGUCUAACACAGCUGAUGAAGAUUUCUUGAUUCAUCUUGGAGCUGUUUCUGUCAAUGUUGCUUUUCUCAAUCUCAGGUGUCAAUCUGAAAACAUCCCUGAAAAGAGUUUUUCCGAACAGGUGCUCUUGUUCGUUUCCCAGUUGGUAGAAUACAUCAAACCAAUCCAUCCUCGGGUCUAUAAUGCUUCCCCUGCGAUCUUGAGAAGCUCAAAGUCUAAUCUCUCGGAGAUGCUACUACUUCUGGAAUCUGAAGAUGUGGUCUCUGGAAAUGAUCAACUCCGGGGUGUGGUCUCUUCUAUGAAAGAUCAACUCCAAGAGCUUUAUCAAGGCCUUGGAUCCUUAACAACCAUUCUCUCCCACAAGCCAACAAACGACUUUGAUUUGAAUGCUAAAGACCGCUUCUUUGAUGUUGUAUGCGAUGCCGGAAUCUUGAUUUGUUCCUUGUACCAGACACAGAUUCAACUAGGUUUCUUUGAUGUUGUAUGCGAUGCCGGAAUCUUGAUUUGUUCCUUGUACCAGACACAGAUUCAAAUAGGUCACGAUCUCCGGCAUUUGUUGGAAGCAAUCAGGCGUAUUAUUGCAGAGUUUGGGAAGAAAGCUGCAUCAGGGCUGGAUUUUGAGGUCCAAAAACUAGAAGCCAAAAUGAAGGGAGUAACCAUGGCUCAUCAUCAUCAUCAUGUGCCGUCUCAAAGAACUCUCUCAUCUGAUAAUGAGGUUGUUGGUUAUGUUGAAGAGGCAGAAUUAAUUAAAAAUCAGCUGACGGGAGGAUCAAAGCAAGUACGCAUUGUAUCCAUUGUGGGUAUGCCAGGACAAGGUAAAACUACUCUGGCUGGAAGAGUUUACAAUGAUCCUUCUAUUUUGCUACAUUUCUCCGCGCGUGCAUGGACAUCUGUGUCACAAGUAGUGGACAAAAGUAGAGUCCUCCUUGACCUCUUAGGUCAAAUUGAUCCCGAUAAAUGUUCUGGGAUCAUUUUUUAUCACGAUUUAGUGCAGAAGGUGUGGCGCAGUUUAAAAGGAAAGAAAUAUCUCAUCUUUUUGGAUGACAUAUGGGAAGCUGAAGCAUGGAGUAGCUUGAAAGAAGCGUUCCCGGAGGAUCAUACAGCAAGCAGAAUUAUGUUCACAAGCCGUCACCAUGAUGUUGCUCCCAGUGAAGAAGCUCAUGAACUUCGAGCUUUCAGUGAAGAAGAGAGCAUGGAUUUACUACAGAGAAAGUUGUUUGGGGGAAGUAGUUGGCCCGAUGAAUUAGUUAAUCUUGGGAGGAAAAUUGCUCAAAUUUGCAAGGGAUUACCUCUAACAAUUCUUAUUGUAGCUGGCAUUCUAGCAACCGUGAAGCCAAAUGGUUGGAAGAAGAUUCUGCGUGGUUUAGGAUCAGGUACUGUCUCCAGUACAGAACAAUGCAGGAACACACUAGAGCUGAGCUACAGCCAUUUACCGGAGCAUUUAAGGCCCUGCCUUCUCUACUUGGCGACAUUUCCAGAAGAUAAAGAGGUUUCUGUCAAGAGAUUAUUUCAACUAUGGAUAGCCGAAGGAUUGGUUCAGAAAGAUGAGACGGAACAUUUUGAAGAUGUUGCUGAAGAAUACUUGAAACAUUUGGUUGGUAGAAGUUUAAUUUCAGUUGCCAAACAAAAGUCCACCGGUGGAGUGAAAGCCUGCCGCAUCCAUGACUUGCUUCAUGAAUUUUGCUUGCAUAAAGCAAAAGAUGAAUGGUUUUUCUCUAUUCUACCAGACAUGGGUAAGGUUUUGGAAUUUCAUGCGCCAGACUGCCUUCGGAGGUUAUGCAUUAACUCUGAUCCGAAACACCUCAGAAUGUCCAAUACAUCCUUACAAUCUGCGCGUUCUCUAAAUUUCAACUAUUAUGUACAACGGGUGCUGCCAAAUUUAACCUUCAUGUUUCACAUGUGCAAACUUCUCAAAGUUUUGGAUUUGAAGCAACUCAAUUUAGGUCUUGUAUUUCCGAGUGAAAUAGGACUGCUAGUGCAGUUGUCCUUCCUGGCAAUUCGAGGCUGUAUGCCGGACAUCCCAUUAUCAAUAGGUAAGCUCUCUAAUCUGGAAACAUUUAUUCUAAAUCAUUUAGCAGAGAACAAGACUGUUUCAUUGCCAGAUAGUUUUUGGAAUCUCCAGAAGUUGAGGUAUUUUUACAUGACUUGUCAAGGUGGUGUUUUCCCCAUGGAGAAUACUGCCAACUCAUCAGAUUUAUGUGAGUUAGAUUGGCUUUCUGGUAUAGCUAUUCCUUGUCAUCCACACGACAUGGAACGGUUACUACUGAAGUUUCCAAAUAUCCGGAAGUUAAAAUGCACCCUUUUGAAAUCUCCAAACAUGCUAAUAAAUCAUGUCAAGAUUGUAGUUCCGCAGAUUUUGUGCCUGCUAGAAUCAGUUAGUUUAUCUCUGUCCUAUGAUGGAGUAACUCACAGUGAGUUUAGUUUGCCUGCAAAUCUCAAGAAACUCACGCUGUCAAACUUUCCGUUGUCUAGUAGCAGUCUAUCAACCUUUUCUAGCUUGUCAAAUCUAGAAGUCCUCAAAUUUGAAGAUGUGCACUUCAAAGGAAACACAUGGGAAAUGGAAGAAGCAGAAUUUUCCAAGCUUAGAAUCUUGCAAUUGUCAUCCUGGUGUCUAUUGUCGUGGACUGCUUCUGACGAUCAAUUUGACCGUCUUGAGAAGCUGGUGUUGGUGAGAUGUGGAAGUUUGAAAGAGGUGCCUUCUUGUCUAGACUAUAUUCCAACGCUUGAAGUGAUCGAGCUCAGGUAUUGUUCAAAGAAAGUAAUGGAAUUAGUGGGAAACAUUAAGGAAGCACAAGAGAACUACAGAAAUUCAGAGCUGAAGAUCAUUAAUGUCAAAUUAGGCUGAUUUUGUUGCAUCUAUUUAGGCUGGAUGUUGAACAAGUGAUGAUGGCGACCGUGGUUCCUUACUGGUACUCUUUCAGUAUCAAUCAUUGAAUGCUUUCUUUUCUUUUUUUUUUCCUUGUACUCUUUGGAGUCAUUAGUUUUGAUGUAUUCAG